AUGUCUGCUCAUUUGAACCGAGCAACGAGUCGCCCAAGAGUGCUCCCAAGGUCAAGGCUAGGAUGCAAAACGUGCAAAAUCCGACGAGUCAAGUGUGGAGAAGAAAAGCCAAGCUGUGUGAGAUGCACCAGCACAGGUCGCAAGUGUGACUUUGAUGGUGUGUUGCCUUCCUCCACAACCUCGACCAUCGUGAACCCUCUGUCAUUAUCACCGAGCACCAAUAUAGCAUGGCGAGAGCGUCGAGCAUUUGCCUAUUAUUUUGAAGUUGCUGCCACCUCUAUCGGUGGUGGAUUGGAUGUCGAUUUCUGGCGCACUGUUGUGCCACAGGUUUGCCGCCAUGAACCCGCAGUGUGGGAUGCCAUCAUUGCCAUAAGUGCACUGUUUGAGUCCCCUCAACAAUCUCCGGUUCCCUUUUCUCGAUAUCAAGAGAACUGCAGUUCUCUUGAUCAAAAUUACGAAGACGCCUUGGGCUGGUAUUCACGCUCGGUAUCUGCCGUUCGGCAGCGUAUUGAGCGUGGUAGUGUAGACAUAUUUGUGGGAUUGAUCAGUUGUGUCCUUUUCAUUUGCAUUGAAGCUAUCCAGGGAAAUGCAGAUGGGGCCCUGCAGCUCUAUAGUCAAGGCGUGCAGCUCAUUCUCGCUUUGCGGCCACAAAUAGCAUCCGGGGCUAUCCCCGCAGAUAAAGCUUCCUUGCUGGAGGACACAAUUGUCCCAAUAUUUCUCCGCCUGGGAGCCAUUGCUCUUGCCAUUUCUGGGGCCCCAAUUGGGGCUCUACUACGAGACACUCAAAGUCUAUCGGCGCAGAAGUUCGACUCGCUCAGGUCUGCCCGGGAGGCGAUCGUUGUCCUAGCUGUAGAGAUCCCGCUCUUUGAAAGUACCUGCAUGAAGCAUCUACAGCAGACUUCUUCUUCCCAUGUAUCACAGGAAUCUAUGGAUCGAGCAUUCGGGCUAUCUACCCGAUUGAAAAACUGGUAUAUUGCGUUCGAGGACUUGAUGAACAUCCUACGGGCGAAGGACGUCUUAUCAAGGCAACAGAUCGGCUCAAGUGCUCUUCUCCUAAGUUAUCACGACAUGCUUUAUGUGAUGCUGGAAACCUGCACGUCAUUGUCACUGACGCAAUUCGAUGCAUAUCUACCGAAUUUCCAGAGCAUUGUGGAAAAUUCCACAAUUGCACUUGAAGCUUCUGUACGAUCGGAUGGUACGCAGCCACCAUUCACCUUCGAAAUCAGCAUCGGUCUUCCGAUUUGGUUCACCAGUCUCAGAUGCCGUGAACCACGCACCCGACGCGCGGCACUAGCCUUGCUGCAUCGAGCACCCAUAGUGCAAGGCUUCUACCGGUCCUCUUUUGGGGCAUCGAUAAGUCAGAAAGUCAUAGAGCUUGAAGAGUUACAAGCGAUUUCAAUGGCUACAGCCCAUCACAAACACGGUAUUGGUGCAUCGGAAUCGACGGAACAGGCCCAUCUUGGCUCUGACGUUCCCCCAAACUCACAGCUUGUUCAGAAAGACAUGGAUUCCAGUAUGUCAACAGCAAUGCUCAUUCCAGGAGAGGUACGAAUUGGACCUAUUCAAAUCUUCCGGCCAAUGGAUGGACUUCUUCCAGGAACCACGCAGAAAGAUAUUGCAAAGUGGAACCGACGCUCUGAUAACCCCUUUUUACAAUUUUCCCGGCACGAGCGUAACCUGAGCGAUAGUUCCCCGCGGCUGGUUUACGAAUGUGUUCCUCUUGAUAUCUGA